AUGGGGUUAUUCAGAAGUUUUGCCUUCUUCGUUCUCCUGCACCUGCUGCAAGGAUCCAACACAUCUCUUGUUCGACUAAAUGACAAUGGCUAUGAAGACAUCAUCAUUGCUAUUGAUCCAGAUGUGCCAGAAGAUGAAACAUUAAUUGGAAAAAUAAAGGACAUGGUAACUGAAGCUUCUACCUACCUGUUUGAAGCCACAGGAAAAAGACUGUUUUUCAAAAAUAUAUCAAUAUUAAUUCCUAAUAGUUGGAAGGAAAACCCUCAAUAUCAGAGGCCAAAACAUGAAAGCUAUACACAUGCUGAUGUUAAAGUUGCACCACCAGCCCUCCCAGGUGAAGAUGAACCAUAUACCAGGCAGUUCAGAGCGUGUGGAGAAAAGGGAGAAUACAUUCAUUUGACCCCUGACUUUGUCCUUGGAAAAAAACAAAAUGAAUAUGGACCAUCAGGUAAACUAUUAGUCCAUGAGUGGGCCCAUCUCCGCUGGGGCGUGUUUGAUGAGUACAACAAAGAAGAGCCUUACUAUGCUGCUAAGUCAAGAAAAAUUGAAGCAACAAGGUGUUCCAUAGGUAUUACUGGUGUCAACAGAGUGUUUAAGUGUCAAGAAGAUAUCUGUAUAUUUAAACCAUGCAGAAUUGAUUCUAAGACAAAACUAUAUGAAAAAGAUUGUCAAUUUUUCCCUGAUCAAGAUCAAAGGGAAACAGCAUCAAUAAUGUUUAUGCAAAGCAUUAACUCUAUCAAUGAGUUUUGUACUGAAAAAAACCACAACCGAGAAGCUCCUACCCUACAAAAUAAAAUGUGCAAUAGCAGAAGCACAUGGGAGGUGAUCAGCAUGUCUGAGGAUUUUAAAAACACAGUUCCUAUGGAUGCACCACCUCCUCCACCUGUUUUCUCACUGCUGAGGACCAGUGAAAGAAUUGUGUGCUUGGUUCUUGAUAAGUCUGAAAACAUGAAGAGUUACAAUCGCCUACAUCGAUUAAAUAAAGCAGCCAAACAUGUCAUACUGGAGAUUGUUGAAAAUGGAUCCUGGAUGGGGAUAGUUGACUUUGAUAAUACUGCCCACAUCAAACAUAAGCUAAUCCAAAUAACAAGCAAUAAAGAAAGGAUAAAGCUCAUAGAGAACUUACCUACAGAAGCUUCAGGAGGAGUUUCCAUCUGCUCUGGAAUUGAAGUAGCAUUUCAGGUAAUUAGAGACGUAUACCCCCAAAUAGAUGGAGCUGAAAUAAUACUUGCAUGUGCUGGGAAGGACAAAAAUAUAUGGAAUUGUAUGGACCAAGUGAAACGCAGUGGGGUCAUUGUUCAUUCAAUUACUUUGGGGCCAUCUGCUGAAGCAGGACUCAUAGAGAUGAGCAUGAUAACAGGAGGAAUGCAUACAUCUGCUUCAGAUAAGGCUGAAAAUAAUGGCUUUAUGAAUGCAUUCAGGACCAGGCUAGGAAAUACCAACCUCUACCAACAAUCUCUUCAGCUGGAAAGUGAGACAUUAUUGCUAAACAGUGAUUCCUGGAUGAAUGAUACUAUUACAAUUGAUAGCACUGUGGGAAAGGAUACACUCUUUUUUGUCACAUGGGAUAAACAGCCUCCCAUUAUUUCUAUGUGGGAUCCCAGUGGUACACCAGUGGGAAAUUUUGUAACGGACAAAGAUUCUAAAAUGGCUUAUCUCCACAUUCCAGAAACUGCAAAAGUUGGUAUUUGGACUUACAGUCUUCAAGCCAAAGCAGAUUCUGAAAUAUUAACUAUUACUGUGAAUUCUCGGGCAUCAAAUUUUUCUGUGCCUCCAAUCACAGUGAAUGCUAAAAUGAAUAAAGACACAAACAGCUUUCCCAGCCCAAUGAUUGUUUAUGCAGAAGUUCUGCAAGGGUAUACACCCAUUCUCGGAGCCAAUGUGACUGCUUUCAUUGAAUCACAGAGUGGAAAACCUGAAGUUUUGCAACUUUUGGAUAAUGGUGCAGGUGCUGACUCUUUCAAGAAUGAUGGUGUAUACUCCAGAUAUUUUACAACUUAUACAGAAAAUGGCAGCUAUAGCUUGAAAGUACAGGUUUAUGGAAAAAGAAAUACUGUCACUCGAGGGUUAAGGCAGCCACCCAGUAGAGUUACAGAUAUACCUGGCAGGGUAGUUAAUGGGAAAUUUUCAGGAAAUCCACCAAUACCUAACAAUGAAGAGGAUAUACAGACAACUUUGGGCAGUUUUAGCAGAACAGAAACUGGUGGUACAUUUGUAAUUGCAAAUGUUUCAAAUCUUCCCUUGCCUGAUCUGUACCCACCAAGUCAAAUCACAGACCUUGAGGCGACAUGUGAGGAGGAUGAGAUCAGCCUAACAUGGACAGCACCAGGAGAUGAUUUUGAUGUUGGAAGAGUUCAACAGUAUAUCAUAAGGAUGAGUGAAAAUAUCCUUGAUUUAAGAGAUAAUUUUGAUGAUGCUUUGCAAGUAAAAUCCCCUCAUCUGUUACCAAAUGAUGUCAACUCCAAGGAAACCUUUGCAUUUAAAAUGGGAAAUAAAUCAGAAGACAAUACAACCCACUUAUUCAUUGCCAUUCAAAGUGUGGAUAAAAGCAAUUUGAGAUCGAAAAUAUCCAACAUUGCACAAGUAGCUUUGUUUAUUCCUCAAGAAGAUACCAGUCCUGAUGAAAAUCAUCGUAAUUCCAGAACAAAAAUGUAUACCGUGGUGGCUGGAUCUGUGACAGUUAUUAGUGUUAUUUUAAUUACCAUCAUUUAUAUAUUAGUUAAGAGAAGAAAUGCAAGGAGAUCUGGGUUUUAA